GCGCUCCGCGGCUCCCGCGCCGGGAUGCGGCCGCUCUGCGGUUUCCUGGUGCUGCUCGGGGCCGCUUCCUGCGGCCUCUACCUGCUGUCGGCGCGACUGCACCCAGGGGGCCCGCUCGGGGCCGGCAGGUCACUCAAGUUCCCAUCAGACUUGGAGGAGCUGCGAGAGCUUGCAGAGUUUCUACAGUACUAUAAGCAAGAGCACCAGAGCUAUGUGCUGCUGCUGUUCUGUGCUGCCUACCUCUACAAGCAGUCCUUCGCCAUCCCCGGCUCCAGCUUUCUGAACAUCCUCGCUGGGGCUCUGUUUGGACCAUGGAUGGGGCUCUUGUUGUGCUCUGCUUUGACUUCUGUGGGUGCCACCUGCUGUUACCUGCUCUCCAGGGCCUUUGGGAAACAGUUGGUAGUCUACUGGUUUCCUGAUAAAGUGGCCAUGCUGCAAAGAAAGGUGGAGGAGAACAGGAGCUGCUUAUUUUUCUUCUUGUUGUUUCUGAGACUUUUCCCCAUGACCCCAAACUGGUUUCUGAACCUGGCGUCUCCGAUCGUGAACAUCCCGGUUUCUCAGUUCUUCUUCUCCGUCCUUAUCGGUCUGAUCCCUUAUAACUUCAUUUGUGUGCAGACGGGUGCCAUCCUCUCGCAGAUCACCUCCCUGGAUGCCAUUUUCUCCUGGGGCACGUUGCUUAAGCUACUGGCCACAGCCAUGGUGGCAUUGAUACCGGGGACCCUGAUUAAGCAAUUCAGCCAGACACACCUGAAAUUGGAUGAAAAGGACCAGAGUGUUUGCCUGCUCAACGGCAGAAAGAGCACGUGAUGGACUGGGUGCAGCAGCUGUUCAGAAUGUCUGAUUGUUUAAUUAUGGGGAUGGUGCAAUCGUCAGCAACCAAAUGGUGUUUUAACUUUAUGCCUGCACUGCCUCUUCUCUGCACAAGCCAGGGCAGAGGACAACUGCAGUUCUUAAAUCUUUUUAAGUCUAGGAGGAGACGUGAUGGUCUCAUUUUAAAUGGUGCUUGUAUAAAUGUGAAUGUCUGGGUCACGGGGGAGCUGCCAAUGGGCUUUGGAAAAAUCUGUGGGUCCAUUUUCUGACCCUGGUGAAGUGGUGCCACAUUUAGUGCCAUGCUGGAGCUCCUGGCCUCCACAGAGGUUUGCCAAGUGUGUCCAGUGCCCUUGGGCUCUCUGAAGUGCUGGCAGGCACUGCUAGGUGACUGCCAUUCAUAUGGCAGUUGGUUUAAGAUGGCGGCGGUGGUGGUAGAGAGUAGUGCAGGGUGAGAACUGGGCUGGCUGUGAUAAGUGAUCCACCUGUGUGCCCGCCUGCCCAGCGAAAGCAGCGCUGCUCGCCCUGGCACACGGAAUUCAGGUCUGUUCAGACAAGGCCUCCUGCAAGGCUACAGCAUGUCACCGCCUCCUUCCUCCCCCGUCUCCGUGUGCUGUGCAGUGAGGCUUUCACUAGAGCUGAGCUAAUGCUACAGGCUCGAGGGUUAACAGGCCUCCCGCCAGGGUGAUUGUGCCCGGGGGUUUAUUGGGGAGGAUCCAUUAUUGUGCUGGAGCGCAGGCCAGAAUUCCCCUUGCUUGGUUCACACAAUUCACAAGGGUUGUGGUUCCUGUUGUGCUGGAUUCAGGAGAGCACAAGUACCCUUGCUGCAGCCAUAGCUGGCCUGCUUCUUUCCUUCUGGCACAGAUUACUUCCAGGCACACCUCAGCCCCACCCUACCCAGAUCCUUUCUGUGAUUGCUUGUUGCUCUGCAGCUCACUUCGGUGGCUGCAUGUUUCCCACCUUAGAAUUCUCCCCCCCCCCCCCCC